AUGUCUCCAACUCAGUCUGCCUCUAGCCUCGCAGCUCAUCCCCAAGAUGCUCGGGGAAGCUCAGUGUCGGAGCAAACACCGCUCCUUGCGGAACAAGGUCUCAAUGCGACCACGGAAUCUCAGGAGCGCCAAGACCAUCUAGUACAGGAACACACUACAAAAGAAGUGAUCCUGAUUAUGGGAAACACGACUGUUGUUGCCACUUUAACUGGUCCUAUUUCGUCCUCAUUCCAAUCAUUCUCGCUCCUCUCAUGGUUGGCAACCGGGUAUCUCAUUGCUAAUGCCGCCUCCCAACCGCUGAGCGGACGGUUAACUGACAUCUUCUCUCGACGUACCGGCCUGGUAUUCUCCAAUGUCUUCUUCGCAGUUGGUAACUUGGUAUGCGGCUUGGCCAAAAGUGAGGGCGUCAUUGUGUUAGGCCGUAUUAUUGCAGGGAUUGGUGGAGGUGGUAUCCUUACGAUUUCGGUGUUUGUCACCUCCGACUUGGUGCCUCUUAGGAAACGAGGGGUCUGGCAAGGUUUUGGCAACAUCUGCUACGGAGCCGGAGGUGGAUUGGGCGGCGUGUUCGGGGGAUGGAUCAACGACACGCUGGGAUGGCGAUGGGCUUUCUUAAUUCAGGUCCCGUUUGUUGUAGUCUCAGGCAUUCUCGUUGCAGCCAAGUUGGAUCUACCUGUCAAGGAAUCAGGAAAGGCUAAAUUGAAGCGAGUUGAUUUCCUUGGAGCGAUCACGCUGGUCAUCGCCCUCGUUCUCUUCCUUCUCGGGCUCAAUACUGGUGGAAAUCAGCUUCCAUGGACACAUCCACUGGUUCUAACAGCAUUUCCUCUCUCCGCCAUGUUCUUGAUACUUUUCGUUUACAUCGAAGCGAAUAUCGCGUCCGAGCCUGUGAUUCCCGUUCGAUUGCUUCUCAACCGGACCGUCUUUUCUGCCUGCCUUACGAACUGGUUAGAUGUCAUGGCAGUGUACGGGCUCAUUUUUUACUUGCCACUCUUGUUCCAAGUCCAGGGCUCUUCAGCGACCGGCGCUGGCAUAAAAUUGAUCCCCCAGGCAAUUGGAACGUCGCUCGGCUCGUUGGGGGCUGGGAUACUCAUGCGUGCAAGUGGGAGGUAUAGGCUGUACAGCAUGGUAUCCGUGUCCCUCCUCAUUGUCUCCAAUGCUCUCAUCUGUACUUUGACCCUCGAUUCUCCUUCUUGGCAGCCUUUCAUCUACUUCCUUCUUAUGGGAGUUGCCUUUGGCGCCAUUCUCACCAUCACACUUGUGGCACUUGUUUCUGCCGUGGAUCAUGAACAUCAUGCUGUGGUCACAUCGGCGUCCUACGCUUUUCGCAGUACAGGAAGCACAAUUGGUAUCACCGUCGCUUCUGCGGUAUUCCAGAACAUGCUGAAGUCCGGGCUUUGGUCACGGUUUGGUGACCGGGAGGAUGCGAAGGAAAUGAUCCCACGAAUCAGGGACAGUCUGGAUGAACUUCGGAAACUCCCUGCUGACUGGAAGCCUGGGGUAUUGGCGACGUACAUGGAGUCCUUACGGGCUGUGUUCCUUACUCUACUUGGACUCACUAUCUUAGGGGCAUUGGCCAGUCUGGGUAUGCGCGAACACAAAUUGCAUACGAACCUGGCACGUGCCGAAUUAUCGGAUGCAGAUGCCGACACAGAAUAA